GGUCUCAUAAUGACCGAAGAAGAAAUUUUGAAUUGUACUUUGGUCAUGAUUGAAAAUAUCUUGCAAAGUAAGAAUAGUUCUUUGGCUAACUGGGAGUCAAUGCCAAAACCCAUUCAUACUUCUCAGGUUUAUGACGACAAUCAGUUAUUACAUCAGGAACUUAAUUACGACAGAGACGAACUGCAGAUUAAGCACGAUGAAUGGCUUCGUAUGCUGACAGAUGAGCAAAAGUCAGUGUAUGAUGAGAUUAUAGGAGCUGUCUUGGGGAAGAAAGGUGGUGUCUUUUUCCUGUAUGGUUUUGGAGGUACAGGGAAAACAUUUUUGUGGAAUAUUCUUUCAGCUGCCAUUCGAUCUAGAGGUGAUGUUGUCCUUAAUGUUGCAUCUAGCGGUAUCGCCUCCUUAUUGUUACCAGGAGGGAGAACAGCUCAUUCACGGUUUGGAAUUCCUCUAAAUCCUGAUGAGUUUUCUACAUGCAAUAUAGAGCCUGGAAGCCAUCGGUCUGAAUUAAUAUCUAGAGCUUCUCUUAUUAUUUGGGACGAAGCACCAAUGAUGAGUAAGCAUUGCUUUGAGGCUCUUGAUCGAACUAUGUGUGAUAUUAUGAACACCACAGAUGACAAACCAUUUGGAGGUAAAACCGUUGUUUUCGGUGGUGAUUUCAGGCAGAUACUACCAGUCAUUCCUAGGGGAAAUCGAGCUGAUAUUGUAAUGGCUGCUCUGAAUUCUUCAUAUUUGUGGAAGUAUUGCAAAGUUUUGCAGCUGACAAAAAAUAUGAGACUGUUUUCAGAGACAGAUGUUCAUGAAGCCGAGGAGAUUAAGGCUUUUUCAAAAUGGAUUUUGGACUUGGGAGAUGGAAAGAUCAAUGAGCCAAACAAUGGGGAAACUUUGAUAGAUAUUCCGAAAGAUCUUUUGAUUACUCAGUGCAGUGAACCAAUUGAGUCAAUAGUUUCGGAAGUUUAUGGGGACACAUUCAAGGACUCUAAUGAUCCAAUAUUUUUUCAAGAAAGAGCCAUAUUAUGUCCCACCAACCAAGAUGUUGAUGUUAUAAACAACUACAUGCUUGAUCAUCUAACAGGUAUCUAUUGUUUGUGUUACCCAAUAUUAAUUUUGCAUCUAAUUACUCCCUUUCAUUUUUUCUAUGUUCAUAUUAUAUGUAUUUGUAUUUUCAGGUGACGAAAGGAUUUAUUUAAGCUCAGACAGCGUUGAUCCAUCUGAUUUGAACUCCAAAGAUGACUCUGUUUUCUCUCCCGAAUUUUUGAAUAGUAUUAAGACGUCCGGGUUGCCUAAUCAUUCUCUAAGGUUGAGAAUUGGUACACCGGUGAUGUUAUUGAGGAAUAUUGAUCCUGAUGUUGGGUU